UGAUGAAGGUCGCCUCUGACUCAUGCUGGCUGCUCGCCUGUUACAUCGACAAACUCUCCAAACUCGCUUGCGUCGCUGCAAAAGAGAGGAAUGAUGUUGCUAGUCACGCCUUAAUAUUUUUUUCCCUUAAUUGUUUGCAUACAUUUCCGCAAUAGUCAUUUACAUAGCAAUUUCCUAUACAUGACAGAGCACCAACUUGUGAAAUUUGUCAAGUACUCUAUAAGUAAUCGGUUCUUCUCUUUCACUCUUUCAUCGACCAAGAGUUUAUUUAUAGUCUCUUUGAAAAUAUGUAGGAAAUGAAAAAUGUAAACUGUGUAAUAAAUCUUUACAGAAAACUGCCUGAUGUAACAAUCUAUCAAAGUUGAUGUUGCACGUAGCUAAAUGUCUUCAAUUUUGUAAAUUAAAUUUGACGUUUGCUCAUAUAAAAUAAAUUCGCAGACGAUAUCUAUUUAAACAAUAUUAAGCAAUACAGUAUCUAUUUAAACUUGGCAUACUUAAGCAUAUUCUGCAGUUACUAGUUGUAACUGUUGUAAGUUCUAUGAUUAGAUAAGUCUUUCAAAAAGGAUAUUUUAUUUUUUAUAUCUAUAAUAAUACAAGCUUGAAGUUAUUUUCGUCUCCGUUUAUGCAACAAACAACUGAAUGAUCUGUCAUAACCUAUUAAAAUUGCAUAAAGUCGUAUAAAAUCACCAAUUGAAAUUUAUAGAAAUUCUUGCUUAAAAGCUUCCAAACUUGUACCUCUUGAACUUGCGUGUAAAUGUUUUCCACAUUCUCUAGUACUCUAAAUCCAAGAAAUGACUCGAAUAAUGUGUUACCAGGUGGUUACACGGAAAAUGAGGUUCAAGAAUACAAGGAUUCCCUUAAAACCAAGGCAGAAGAGUUGCUGGUGAAAGGAUUUCCAGAGAAAAUAGUUAAAUUAAAUGAAUUACUGGAGACGCCUGGAUUUUGCAACCGAAAGCUGUCGGAUGUACAUCAAGAUUUAAAUGUACCCAUUCCAGAACCCAUCAUUCUUAAUCAUUCCGAAGAGGCUCCUGCUGCAAAAAAGAAGAAAUUGGACAAUAAUGGGGAGGAGACGAGUGGAACCAAAGUUAUGGUACUUCCAGGUGGCCCUGUACCAUGCAAUAAAAAGUUGUGCGAUUUGAUUCACAUAGUUAAACCCUACAUUAGACAACUUUUGGAGGAUUCCAAUUUACUAAAAAUGUGGAUCUCCUUUUUAAUCCCAAAAAUCGAGGACGGGAAUAACUUUGGUGUAUCCAUUCAAGAAGAUACAUUAUCCGAAAUUCAGUCAGUUGAGAGCGAAGCCGCUGCAUUCUUUGAUCAAAUUUCCAGAUAUUUCAUCUCUAGAGGAAAGAUUGUUAGUAAAGUUGCGAAAUACCCACACAUCAUCGAUUAUAGAAGAGCGAUUCAAGAACUAGACGAGAAAGAGUAUGUAAGCUUAUGGCUCGUCAUGUGCGAAGUUCGCAAUCGUUAUUGCUCGCUGCACGAUCUCGUGAUCAAGAAUCUGGAAAAGAUUAAACGGCCACGUUCCUCCAACGCGCAAUCCUUGUACUAGUAGGCAUAGUUUUACGCGCUGUACUUACCUACAUGCGGAGUAAUUCAACGCAAACAUAAAAUUGGAAAUAUAAUAAUAUAAAGUAAAAUUCAUCUCCGCUCCCCUUCCCCCCUUUUUAUCCUAUAGACACGACUCAAUUGCCUUGAUAUUAAUCCAUCAUUUAUUCUACCAAUUAUGGCACUAUAAAUAAAAAAACCAAUAGCUACACUUAAACUCUACAAAAUUGUAUUAUGUAGAUUAUACUUAACUUAUUCGUACAUUUAAGUUCAUACAACUGGCUGCUUUUGUCACUAAUAUAUACUAGAAGUAUUUUUCGGUUAGAUUUUAAGGAGACAAAAGUCUAACAAGUUUUCGAUUUUUACCAGUAGAAAUCUCGUGUUUCUUUCAAGCUUUUAUUUUAUUCUUUAAAUUUUAUCGUGGUAUGUAAGGUUUUCAUAUUUGUGCAUUAUAUAUAUUGCACGUACAUAAUUUCUUUGUAUCGAUUUGUCAUAAAAUUUAGUGUAGCGCGCUUGCGUGUAAUUUUGCCAAUUAUAUAAUUGGGGCACUUAUAAACGGCAUAUAAACAAGUGGUCAAAGUGGAUUUAGUAUAGUCAAGUGAAUAUUGCGUUUGUAAUUUAUACCUGUAAGGAGAUUAGGAUAAAUCCAACUAUUAAACCAUGUGAAUUAUAAAUAGUACACUUUUUUGUAAAUGUUUACGCUUUGUCGCGAUAAAUCAUAAGUAUAGGACAAACACGAGAUUACGUGCAUGAUGUAGCAUUCUCUGAUGCUCGAUAUGAAUUGUGUCCUAAGCUUGCAAGGUGCAAAAAUAAAAUAUCCUUUUUCUGAGAUA